AUUGAUUCGUAUUGAUUCGGAUCGAUGAGCCAUGGCGAUGGUGACCCUCACAGACUUCAGCAGAAAGGACACAUUUUUGGGAGCCCCGUGGAAGUGCUCCUGGAGCCUGACGUGUGGCAUGUGGCCACAUUGCUUCACCUAUCUCGACCGGGAUGGGUCGUCGUGCAAGUGGAGAGUGCUGAAAAAGAGAUAGCCAUGAACCAGGUCAGGAUGCCUCCGCCACCUAGUGAUAAUCCGUCAGAGCCGUUCAUUCCGAAGCUGAAUGAUCUCGUCGAGGUACAGGUAACACAUCCGAAGCCAUGUAUUCUUUCGGGUGCUGUGCGAAUGGCUCGCGGACCUUACUUUUUAGUAUCCUUUCUGGGUAGAGGGCGCCAGGAUGACCUGCUCGUGCAAGCUGAGCAGCUGAGAGAACCUGGGCGGACUACUUUGUUGAGCACCUGCCUAUUACAAGAAGAGGUAUUUGAAUUGCCCCCAGGUUUAAUUGAAUCAGGUGUCCAUGGUGAAGAGUUAGCCGAUGACUUGAAGGGCUGGCUACUGCGAUUUCAAGAGCAAAGCCGUGUGCUGAGCCUUGAACUGCGUUUCACUGCCUUUGGCGCAGAGCUCAAGCUGGCGGGUGAGAGGCGCCAGAUGAGCCUUGCCGGAAAGCUGCUUCAUUGUAUCCACAUGCAGAACUGGAACGAGAUUGCAAGGAGACGGUCAGAACUCAGGGAGAUGGAAUCGCGCCUAUCUUGCUUGGAAGGAGAAUCACGCGAGGAAGGGAAGUUUGUGGAGUUUGAUUUGGAUGCAGACAUCAUGAGGUUGAUUCUUGCACAGAAUGGACGCAAGCUGCAAGAGCUGCAGGACUCAUUGGCUGUGCGUAUUGAGGUGAGAUUUGACCGUAGAAAGGGAAACAACUCUGUGCGGAUCAUGGGGCAAGACCCUGAAAACGUUGCCGCUGCGCAGAGGCUGCUUCAGUACUCCAAAAAGAUUCUUCGUUUUCCGCGGCAGCAUCUGGGGUAUGUUCUCGGCAAGCAACUGUCCAAUGUCCACGAACUGGCAGAGAAGGUUGGCUUGCUCAGCGCUCGCUUUGAUCCUUACUCGCAGGCUUUGGAGGUCAUUGGCCUCAGCGAGCAGCUUGAGUCUGCUGAGCUGCUGAUUCAAGCGCACCUGGACUACCGCCAGGUCUAUGAAGAAAUGCAGCAGGAGCAUGGUGCGCUGACACAAUCUUUUGAGGCUUUAGACGAAGAGUAUCGCAUGCGAAAAGGCAAAGGUAGAGGCAAAGGUCACCCAACUCGACAGUACAGAGCUCGCACGCCGCCUCCAACUGCAAAGAUGAUUGCCCUGGGCCGGUUGCAGAAGCCGCCAAGUAGAGAAGCUGAUACUGACUGGAGAGGAAACCAGAAUCGUGUUUUCAGCCACCCUUCAUCAAGGCGUCCUGAGUCGAGAGAGAAAGCAAAAGGAGCUGGCAAGGACAAGAUGAACAAGGGAGCGCAAGAAGAAGGAGCGGACGGAGUAGAAGCCAGUUCAAGUCCUUCAGAGGCAGAUACAAGUCCGAACGAGGACGAACAGGAUGAGCUGAUACCAGAAGAGCCACGUCAGGAGCCAGACCGGGCCGACACACCUGAGCUGGAUGAAGAUUCUGACAGCAACGCAGUACCCUCUUUCCUAUUUGAUAGCAGUCCCUAGAACUUGCAGUCGUGUCCAGUUCAGAAGGGGCUGCCGACAUGUGAAGGUAGAUAGCGUGUGAGGGUUUGAGCUGCUUCACCCAACCAGCAAGGUGACAUCCGGCAAAAAA